AUGGAAUCUAAGAACUGUCAUCUUGUUGUUCUUUGUCACGGUCUUUGGGGAGUGUCUGAGCACUUCGCCUAUAUUGAGGCCCAGCUGAAAAAUCAUGCUUCUCUAAGCUCUAGCAAAGACCAGCUAAUAGUCUAUACUACAAAGACCAACGAGAGGUUCAAAACCUACGACGGUAUCGACCUCUGCGGUACUCGCGUCGCAGAGGAGAUUCUUGCUGAAGCCCUAAGAUUGCAGGAACAGGGAUUGACUGUUAGUAAAUUUUCUGUUGUUGGCUAUUCUUUAGGAGGUUUAAUUGCACGGUAUGCCAUCGGUGUUCUGCACUAUCGCGGUUUUUUCUGCAAUAUCGAGCCUGUUAAUUUCACUAGCUUCUGUUCGCCGCAUGUUGGAGUCCUCACUCCCGGCCAGAGCGUCAGUAUCAAGAUUUUCAACUGGUUGGUGCCUGUGCUACUGGGCAAAAGCGGCCACCAGCUUUUUCUCAAAGACUCGUCUACAGUGCCUCUUUUGAAACUGAUGUCGCUUCCCCAUACCGUAUUCUACCGCGGCCUCGCAAAGUUCAAAAACAUCUCGCUGUAUUCGAACAUCCGCUCCGACAUCCGGACAUCCUGGUGGUGUUCUGGAAUCAGUUACAUCAAUCCUUUUGACAUCUUGGACAAGAAUCCUAACGUCAAAAUUGACCAGGACGGAUAUAUUCACUUUGAGAACGGCUCCAAGUUUAGCCUGAAGUUCAUUGAAGACUACAAACCGGUCGUUCUGGAUGCGGAUAAGCCAAUCACGUUCACAGGCCUAGUCGACGUCUCGUCCAAAGCAAAACUCAACCAAAUGGUUCAGGAGGACCUCCCAGCCGACAACGACGUCCCGGCACAGUCGAAAACUGCCAAUUUCUUCCAGAGAAAAUUCAAGUGGGUCAUCAUGCUGUUUCGGUUCGGUGUAUACCUGCCAAUGUGGGUCACGUGGUUUGUGCUGCACAACUGGUUGCAAGUCUUUAAUUCCACUCUGCGAGUGAUCAAGGAGUCGUCGAAACUGGCCGAAUUUCUGGAGCUUUGCGAGGAGCCUGAGCCUGCACGGCCGCCGCUCACCAAACGGCUCAGCGAAGCCAGCAUUGACCUGCACCGCCUGGAGCAUGGGCUGCAUGACCAAGGAGAUGAGUUCAUCGACUCUGUCUUUGAUGCCAUCACCUCGACGAACGACAUCAACCGCAGCAUUUUUGAGGCACGUGAAAACGGCCCGCUCUCGCUCACCACCACAAUCAACAAGAUCGGCGAGUUCGACCUUUCUGCAGAGCCAGAUACACCGGAUGCACUCCGGUACCGGCAGAUUCUGAGUCCUUUUAAAUUGGACCUUUCCGACCAUCAAAAGGACAUUAUCAGUCAUCUCAAUAAGCUACCAUGGCGCAAAUUUCCGAUCUACAUCACCAAGACAAACGCCACGCACGCGGCCGCCAUUGUCCGACACGACGAUCCUGCUUUUGAGGAGGGUAAGGUCGUGGUGAAGCAUUUCGUUGAGGAAGUGUUCCAGCAAUAGACGCAUUCAGCAUUUAUAGAGAGUAAAUCUAUCAGCAACUCCUUGAAUGAAAAUUCUUCAAUGCUCAAUUCGCCUCGCUCAGCUCGGCAAUGAUGGCCUCCAACACACCGCCAAAUCUGCCGACCAGCCCGACAAAACUGUCUACCAACACGUUUUUGUCGCCCGACUCCAGCACACCAGGCGCUAAUUCCAACGCAAGACCGUCUAUCCUGCUCGCCAGGCUCAUUUUUUCAUGCUCCUCUGUAUCUCUGGCCCGCUCCUCGAAAGACCCCUGCGGCCGCGCCAAUUCUGCCGCGUCUCUCUCCGGCGUGGCCCCCAGCUCCAUGUUACCCUUCUCGGUGACCGGAGUCAUCGCCAGCGGCGCCGUCGAAGCGAGGUUGAUGUUCACACCAAACUGAUUGAGCGUGUCUGGCGACGCUGCCGCCGUCUUGUCGUCCAUCAACUGUGAGUGCAACAUCGGCACAGGCAUCUGGAGCCGCAUCUGCGAGCGCGCACGCGACAACGACCCCGGCUCGGACUUCAUCUCCUGGUACUCGUUGUUGCUCAGCGCGGGAGCAGUCUGUGGGCCAGGAGGAACAUUCUGCGACGGUAUCUUACUGUUGAUCGGCUGCAGCAGCGGCUGCUGCGAGGCCGACGAGGGAAGCGGCUUCAUGUGUGGCAGCCGUUGCGGUGAUGGCACGAGGCCGGCCUCCUUUAGCCGCUGCGGCGAGGGCGUCCUGUUGCCCAGACUGGAUAGUCCUGUGCUGGAAGCUCCUAUGCGCCGAACGGCAGGCUCCUCAGCCUGCACGGGGGUUGACGGCGACUCCUGACGCGACACGGUUGACGCCCUUGGCCGUUUUUCCUGUGCAGCCGUCUCUGGAAGCGUGUCCAGACUGGGGAUCUCUAUAGGCACAUUGGGGACCGCGGACACCUCUGCGACGGGCGACGACGGCGUCUCAUCGGACUCGUCCUGCUCAAACAGCUUUAGCAGCGAUUUUGGGGCGGUGGUGCUAGUCGCGGCGGCCGAGUUAGCUGUGUUUCGCAGCGUCGUUGCCGCCGUCGACUGCGUCGCAACACGCAUCGUCGUCUGCAUCGUUCCUACUCGGAACGUCGGGUUGAUCGUGUAGUCAUCUGUGUCCUGUGGCACGAACGAGUACGGCGACGGGGCCUCGACCGGUGGCACAUUUUCCUCACUGAUAUCGUUCUCUAUCAUGUAUUCUGCGCUUUUCAAGGAAUUAAAGUCCCAUUUAACUUCACUCUCCUCGCCGAUGCUUUCAGCAUCCUCGUAAUAAACCGACUCUCGCGAGGGCCGAAAGUCGCGCCACAGAAGAUACCUGCUGAUCACCUCCUUAAGAGACGAGGUCGGCACCGCCCUGUAAGCCUUAACCAGCUUUGAUUUCUGUAAUUCCUCGGCCGAUGGCCGCAGUUCCGGCUUUUCUUCCAAACAGAUUGCCACCUGGUCCUUUAAAUUCGCCGAGAACUGUCUUCCCUCGAGUCUCGGCGGCUCAUGCUGUGUCAGUAGUUGCAUCGCGCGCAUCGCGUCCUUGUCGCUAUAUGGCGGGUUUCCCGUCGCCAUUUCGUAGAUAGUGAUUCCCAAAGACCAUAUAUCUGCCUUCUCGUUGUAGUCGGCACCCUCCAUUAUCACCUCUGGCGCCAUCCAGUAUGGCGUUCCAACCAUAGUCGUUCUUUUCAUUGCCGAGGUGGUUAGCUGGCCAGCGACUCCGAAGUCGCACAGCUGCACCUUACCAUCCUUCUGGAUCAAGAUAUUAGCUGCCUUGAUGUCUCUGUGGAUCACUCCGUGUUGAUGGAUAAACUGCAGCGCAAGCAACACUUCUCGCACAAUGACACUGAUAUAUCUCUCCUCCAGAGGCCCCGGACGAAGUAAAGUCCUCACCGAUCCCCCCGCACAGUAGUCCAUAACAACCCACAGCUUGUGACCGUGUAAAUACGAGCCGUAGUAUCGCGUCACAUUGGGAACAGACUUGAGCUGCGACAGGAACUGGAUCUCUUGUUGCACGUCCUUCACCUCCUCCUCGGGCGUGUCGAGAUUGAGGAUCUUAAUUGCAACAAGCUCCUUGGUGUCGAGCCGCAAACCCUUGUAGACCGUGCCAAACUUGCCACGCCCUAUGACCUCUAGCUUCUUGAACUGCGAGG